AUGUUUUCCAAACUGCGUAGUUUUGCUGUACGGCACCAUCGUAAAUUCAUUGUAUUUGGAGCGCUAGUAGGUGGGGGACUAUUGUUAAAAAGGUAUGCAGAAAAGAAGUUGAUUGAAUGGCAGGAGACAGAGAUGAAUCAGUUAUUGGAGCGGUCAAGGAAGCAGCAACAUUUUGAAAGUACAGAGAGGACAUGUAAUAUGACAAUCACAUCAGUUCUACCCCAGAUCCAGUUAGCAAUUGGAAGAUCUUUAGAUUCUGAUAGCAUAACCCUAUUAUUAAAACAGAAAGCCCCAAACAAAAAAGAUUUAUGGGAACAACUUAAAGUUAUUGCAUUCAGCCGUGUCAUUUCUUAUGUUUAUGGCAAUGCCAUAUUAGCUAUUUUAUUAAGAGCACAAGUCAAUAUACUUGGAGCUUAUCUCUAUUUGGCCAAUCAAAAUCCCUCUAAACCUGAUUUAGAGCUAAGUCCUGAAGCACAGAGCCAGUUUUUGUCUGCAUCCAAUUACUGGCUCUCCACCGGAAUUGAACAAUUCUGUUUGAUGGUAGAGAAAGUUGUGUCUUCUCAAGUUGCCAAUUUAUCCCUGAAGCAACGGCUCACACUGAUUGAACUGGAACAGCUCUUUCACGAUAUUCGAGUGGCGUUAGAGGAUGAACUGUCUCGUCAACCGAAUGGUUUCUUGGCUAAUGUUAUGCUUCCUCCCCAGCAUUCCUCUGGGGAGGCUGCGCCUGCGUCACCGACUUUAACCAAAAUGAUGAACGAAACUCGGGAGGUUCUCGAAAGUCUCGAAGUUUCCCAACUACUUUCUUCUUGUGUCAACAUCGGCGUAGUUUGCGUUCUCGACAAAUUUUCAGAGAUCGUGUCCGCCCUACACACAGACACAAAUCAGCCGGACAGCCAAGAUUUUCUGCACCCAAAUCAUAUCUCUGUCUAUGUGGCAAAGCUUAUACCUGCUCUUAACAACUUCAUAUUUCAGGAUGUUUGGCUUACUCAACUUUUGGCGAUUGAACCUCUUCGCGUGUUUGGAGCAAACAUUUACGAGUCAUUCAGCACCUUAUAGUUGUACUGUGCUUCAAAAUGUGGCCCGUUAUGAUUGGGAUUGAAUACAAUAUUUAGAUUUUUUCUCAAA